AGUAACAGAAAUAAUUCUGUGGUAUUAUUUAAAAGCGAAAUUCUUGUGCUUUUUAGCUGGUUAAACAUGGAGGACCAGGAGUAUAAAAUUACUUGGUUCCACAUGGAAACAACACAUAAAGAAGAUUAUAGACAGCUAGAAUACAUUUGUCCUAAACCAAAACUCCCCGCUCCAACAUGCCGUAAUAUAAUAAGCCAUGAGCGCACGACUAUUACAGAACCACCCGCAUGUAAGGUCGAUGUUAUCCAGCCUGAUGUGAUGCAAGAAUAUUGCAUUCAAGGAAAUGUCGAUGUAGAAACUGUGAACAAACAUCCACAGACUUUUGUUCCUUUCACAUCUGAGGAUGUAAUACUUCCGGAAGAUUAUCUCAGAGGGAAAGAAGAUAAUUUAUCAAAGAAAACAAACAUGAUUGAAAAAUGCAAAUUUUCCGUACAGUUGUCUGCAAUGAAAGAACUCGAGACCUAUCCAAAGGUCAUUGAAUACACUUACAAGUCAACUUACAAAGCAGAUUUUUCAGUCGAUGGAUUCCAGUUCAAGAAGAUAGUAUUUAGUGCUGACGAUUACAAACGAAAAUGGAAAUUAAAACCACCUCCGUCAGAGCCUACACAAAUCUUACAUAAUUAUUUAGUGCCUGCAAUCGCAACUUGGAAAACUAUACAAUCAAAUAAUACUGCUGCUUUAAAAGACGCUGCUUGUUCACAACCAUGGUAGGACAUAUCGAGAAACCUUUACACACAGGACAUAUAAUGGCAGGACAAAUGGCUUUGGCCCAAAUCUAAGUGUGAACCUCGCAUGGCCUAUUCUUAAUCAUGUGAGGAUGACCCUUCUUCUAAAAGUCAGAUUCUCCAAGAGCCAAUCGACAGACAGAUCCUGUCCACCAAUGCGGCCACUUUCUUUUAAUCAUGUUUUUUUAAUGUAUUUUUACCAUCAGACCAUGGUGGUCAAGUUUGGAGGUGCAAUGCUACCUAAAUUUCAAUAAUGUUACCUAAAGUAACUUUAAUUAGAUGAUAGCUUGUCAUUCAACGCUUCAAUUUAAUGUAAGCUUUAACUAAUACAAAAUAAAAACAUUUA